AUGCCUCCUCUACCUCCCUCAGCAAACCCUUUGCCUCGUCUAAUCACAUACUAUCAAACCCACCAUGACUCCUCGGGAAACCUCAUAUCUCCCCUCCCCCUCAUCACGCAGCCCGGCAUCGCUAUCACUCACGUCAUUGUCGCCGCCAUCCAUAUAAACGAUGAUCCUCAAAAGAUCACCUUGAACGACUAUCAUCCCUCCCAUCCUAUCUUCCAGACAAUGUGGGCUGAGUUGCGUAUUCUGCAGGCCUCAGGAGUUAAGGUCAUGGGUAUGCUGGGCGGUGCUUGUAAAGGCAGCUAUGUGCGCCUUGACGCCGACCAGGAGACCUUUGAUCGUUUCUACGGACCAGUGAGAGAUAUGAUUCGAGAGAGAGGUCUAGAUGGUUUGGAUCUAGAUGUUGAAGAGGAGAUGUCAUUGGGAGGCAUCGUGCGGUUGAUAGACCGUCUACGUAGCGACUUUGGGCCUACAUUCCUCAUCACCCUUGCACCUGUUGCCAUGUCUCUUCUCGACUUCAAAAAGAAUCUUAGUGGGUUUGACUACGAAGCUCUUGAAGUGAUGCGUGGUCGCGAUAUUGCAUGGUACAACACGCAAUUCUACUGCGGCUGGGGUGACUGCAGUAAUCCCUUCAUGUACGAUAUGAUGGUCCGCAAGGGCUGGCCGCCGGAGAAGAUCGUAAUUGGACUUGUCACCAAUUCUGAGAACGGAAGUGGUUACGUGCCGAUGAACCCACUCAGUAUGGUUCUCGCGACAUUACGAGGACGGUAUGGCUCUUUUGGAGGCAUUAUGGGCUGGGAGUACUUUAACAGUUUACCCGGAGGCAAGGACCGGCCGUGGGAGUGGGCGAGGGAAAUGACCAAGAUGCUGAGGGGACACAUCCUACCACAGCAAACACAGCCAACUCAAACAGCACCACCGCCAGCGGUACAAAGUACUUCGAAACCGAACGUGGAUGAGGUUGAUCCAGACGCCCCCACUGGAAAAGAUGUAUCAGUACCCAAGCAGUUUGACUAUUACUCAGAUGGGUCUGAUGACUAG